AUGUCUUUAAACACGACGCUUAAUGCAAACUGGACAACGUUCAAGGAAGACUUCAAAAAGGAGAUGAAAGACGAGUUUGCACAGUUUAAGAUACAGAUUCACCAGCAGUUAGCCACCACUUCGCUAAAGCUACAAGAUCAUGAGCAGAAGCUGGAGGAAAUGGCUGCACGCAUUGACGAGCAGGAGACUUGGGCCGCGGUGGCUAACGAGGCGCUGAGCCGGUCUCUAAAAGAGCAAAGUGCGCUACAGGAUCAAGUGAACGACUUGGAAUCUAGGUCGAGAAGGAACAAUAUGAGAAUCUACGGGGUGCCUGAAGGAGCCGAGGGGAGCUCGGUGAUUCAGUUCGUGGAGGGGCUGCUAGCUAAUGAAAAGCUAAUCAGUGGAGGAACAGAUCCACAGAUACAACGAGCACACCGGUCGCUCGCACCGAGACCGAACCCCAACGCUCCGCCAAGAUCCAUAGUAGUGAACUUCCUUCAGUUCAGAGUAAAAGAGACAAUCCUCAGAAACGCUUGGAAAAAGAAAAUUCAGAUUGGCGACAGGAUCCUUUCAUUUGACUUUGAUUACACCACCGACGUGAUUCAGAAACGUAAGGAAUAUAAAGCCAUCAAAGCCGCACUGAAGGAGAGAGGUGUCCGCUUUCAGACUCCAUUCACCCGGAUGCGAAUCCACUGGGACAGUGGACCGCAGAUGUACAACAGUGCGGGAGACGCCGAGAGAGAACUACGCAAAAGGGGCUUCUUUGCUGGCCACACAGAAGAGCACGUUUCGGAGGGCCCAAUAACAUCACAACAACUGGAGCAGACAUCACCUUGGCACGACGCGUGGAGAGGGAGGCAGCGAAACGCGCACGAGAACGACUGCAGGAGUUUCAGCGUAAACCCAGACAAUGAGCCCGGAGCAGUCUUCAAAAAGAGGAACACGAUGAUGUCUCCAAGGGCUGGGCCCGAGCGCUGGAACAGCGCGGCGCUCUAUGGGUCUGGGAAGCCGGUGGAUAUAGAACUCCUCUGUUACGUAUCCAUCCACGGUAUUGUCGGGAUGAAUCGGGAGAAUCCAGCGCCACGAACUGUCCGGGAAAGGGCAGACAUCCUGGUGGACAUCGCCAAACUGUACUGGAGGAACACGCCCGCGCUGGGAGCGAAGGUAGACUCUUACUCUUACGGCAGUGCCACCUCUCUUUCCCCGUUUCCUGUGGCGCUUUCGUGGGAGAGCACAGGAGCGGUGCAGGUACGGGGGCAGAGCCAAGGAGAGAGGGGGGGUAGGCCACCCGAGGAUCGGUUUCCAUAA